AUGAACGACACUUCCGAAGGACCACAAGGCUACGAUCGUAUCGUGUAUUACGUAGCGCCGGCGGCGUUGGUGGCCGCCAUUCUGUUUUGUUGUUUUCGCAUAGCUUUGGUGUAUUACAUGCAAAUUAGGUAGGUGUAAUGUUCAUACUGUAAACCACAAGUGUCGUUUACUAUGUUUUUAAUGCCGUUCUAUGAUUUUUUUGGGCGAUGAUAACAAGGCUCUGACAAUAUAUUGCGCUUUAGGCCGAGACAUUCAACUUCAGUCAGUCCAGAAGGCAAUUCUCAUCCCAUUACCGAUCUCGAGGUGGCAUCUGGAGCCUUCCCAUGUAAGUCUUUAUGUUAAUAUUGUAGUUAUUUGUUUAGCCUCUUUCCGCGAAAUCUUUAUGCGAGCUCCACCUCCAUCGUACGAUGAUACUAUGAAGUACGAACGAAGAGCUUUUACUCAUCUAGAGUACGAUCUACAAAGAACUGCGAACCGACAGCGAUAUACGUCAUCACGAAGGACACAUACUGUCUCGGACAGUACGUAUGCCCUUCCUGAAUCCAUAUAUGGACCUCCUGCUUAUGCGACGACGCGACACAAGUAAGCAAACCUUAUACGUUGUAGGUUAACAAUACACUGUAACUUAUAAAAUAUAGUAAAAAUUCAGUUAUUCUCCAUGGACAUUACCUUUGGUCCCAUAAAACGUACAAUUCAACAAAAAAUAUAACUUUAUCGUACUAUACAACAUCGAAACAACCCAUUUACAAACAUAACAACUUUAUAUUUCAGCACGUGUGUGACAAGCUCCAGCUUACAAUUGCCACAGACAUUAGAGACCCGACUACCGUCGUACGAAGAGAUCACAUCUGACAACGGUAGGUUGAACAUAACUAGUAACUACAUCUUUUAA